AAUAUGGGAGUAUAUAAACCACAAUCUAUCUCAUUAUCUCUCCAACUCAGUAACUCUCAUCUCAAUUCAUAUUUGCGAGUUGUGUUGUAGUGUGAAUAUGGUGGAGCCAACGACGUCUGGUGAUAAUGUUACUCGAUAAGGGGGAUAUAUAUAGGGAAAGGGGAGAGUAGCUUGAGCAAACGAACCCCCACACACAACAACGAUGUGGUGAUGUUGGUAACGACAGCUGGCGACGAAACCAGCAAGACCUCCAAAUGAAACCAAUCUCUGUGUGAGCAUAAUUCAGUAGACGUGCAAAUUCUCAGCAGAUCGGUUAUAUAUGAAUGGAUACGCGCUUGGUACACGUCACGUACAUGCUUUAACGAUCAGACAAAAUAACUACAACAACAAUUGUUCGAAACACAAAUCCAACAUUAAAAACGCCAAUACUUAUAUGGUAUUAAUAAAUAAGUGUUUUAAGAAUAUCGAUGAAGUAGUGUCCAUUCCAUAACAAAAAUCUAAAAAUAUAUAAAGUGUUAACUCAAAUAAAUUUGCAUCAUAACAAAAUUCCACAAAUUUGCAUUCUAAUCAAAAAACUUAAAUACUAAUACCUAUAUGCAAAUUCAUGGAGCAUUCAAGAACUUCGGAUGAGUCUAACUUCCCUGCGAUCACAGAAACUAAACCCCGUCUAUACCCAUCAAUUACUAUCAUAAAACAUAGUUCAUAACCGUUAUAACAAAGCCGCCAGCAAACAAACAACUGCCGGCGCAAUUUAAUCUACUCGUUUCCACCUGCAAACAACAUCAUAUGCUGCUGCUGCCAACGUCGGUAUUUGUCAACACAAACUCGCUGCUUACCUGUCCAAUAAGCUCCCAAUCGACCUUAUCGCGCAAAUUUGAGUUUUUGCUAAAAUCAAACAAAAACAUCAACAACAGCGAAAGCCAAAGAAAAGUAAAACCAAUACCAUUUCAAAAACAAAUCCCCACACAACCCCAGGAGCUUAGUAUUGUGACGACAGCACUUUGAAGCGAAGCAAAAAAAAAAUAUUAAAACAUCCACAUAUACAUUCAUACAAAUACCAUACAUAUGUUGUUGGUAUUUGCUUUAGAUCGAAUUCAACCCAUUUUCUACAGAGAUCUUAUUACCGGUUCCACGAUUGCAGCUAACGGCAGCAGCUACAAUAAGAAAAACACCAACACAACGACUACCAUAAUCGCAUAUACGAAGACAACGAAAUCAAACCCCAUCGUUCACAACAUCGUGAAUAUUGAGACGACCAUACAAACGAAUUUAAGAAUUUCAUCAUGGUCUUUUAUAUAUCGUUGUUUGGUAGACAUAUAGAACCGCCAGACAAAGUUUUGAAUGCAGAAAAAAGCAUUGCCUGUCUUCAAGAGGACUACGGUCACCUAGGCCUUGGCGGUCCUGCAGAUUUGCCUUAUAAACCUGAAAUUACUCAUCAACAUCAACACCAGCCUCACAAAAAUGUUGUCGUCGAUUUAAGCGACAGCAGUGCCGAAAAUACCUGCCAACACAGAUGGCCUCCCAAUGGGGGUACAUUUGGUCAUGCGGAUAAACCUAUAGGUUGGAUGUAUGGUUUGCUGGGAUGCAUGAAACCCGUGCUGUCGUUCAUUGGCAAGGCGGGUGUUAUUGAGAUUAAAAGUCAAAAACCAGAAGACUGGGAAAUUCCAUUUGAGGCCAUUUCCGAUCUACAGUGGUUGGGUAGUGGGGCACAGGGAGCGGUUUUCAGUGGAAAACUAAAAAAUGAAAUUGUGGCAGUGAAGAAGGUUAAGGAUGCCAAGGAGACGGAUAUAAAGCAUUUAAGGAAACUAGAUCAUGAGAAUAUCAUAAAAUUCAAAGGUGUAUGUACUCAAUCACCAGUUUAUUGCAUUAUCAUGGAAUUCUGUCCCUAUGGCCCUUUGCAAAAUAUACUCAAAGAGGAAGAGGUUAUGUUGCCGUCCCGUCUGGUUUCAUGGUCCAAGCAAAUAGCCUUGGGCAUGCAAUAUCUACAUUCUCACAAGAUUAUACACAGAGAUUUAAAGAGUCCAAACAUCCUUAUAAGUGCCGAACAAUUGGUGAAAAUCAGUGACUUUGGCACCAGUCGUGAAUGGAAUGAGAUCAGCACGAAAAUGAGUUUCGCCGGCACUGUGGCCUGGAUGGCUCCUGAGGUUAUACGCAAUGAGCCCUGUUCUGAAAAGGUGGACAUUUGGUCUUAUGGUGUAGUACUGUGGGAAAUGCUGACGUGCGAAAUUCCCUAUAAAGACGUGGAUUCCUCUGCCAUCAUUUGGGGUGUGGGCAAUAAUUCGCUGAAAUUGCCAAUACCCUCCAGUUGUCCCGAAGGUUUUAAGCUGCUGGUCAAGCUGUGCUGGAACACCAAACCCCGUAACCGUCCUUCGUUUAGACAAAUUUUAGCGCAUUUGGAAAUUGCUGGACCCGAGCUCUUGCGUAAAACCGAAAAACAAUAUUUCGAAACUCAGCGUUCGUGGAAGGAAGAGGUUCGAACCCAUAUGAAGGAGAUGACCCAAAAUGGCACAAGCAUACAUAAAUAUGAACAAGAUUUAAUACGAAAACGUACAGCAGAAUGGCGGCAUGCGCAGGACAUACGCAUGGUCUAUGAGGAUAAACUGGAGAAGACAAAUCGUUUGUAUUUGGAAUUGAGUGAAUGCAUGUCUCAGGUGCUAGAGAAAGAAAAGGAAAUUGCCGAGAGAGAAAAGAAAUUACCCGGAUAUAAACCCUCAAGACGUUUUGCUCCAACCUUACGUAAAAUGCAGUAUUACCGACGAAGACUUAAUGCACCACCCAUGAUGAUCACAGCGGCCUCUAGUAGCCAACAAACGCAACAACAAUCGUCCACGCCAAAUCCCGAAACCACACCAGAGAGUCCUGUCAAAUGCACUCUCUAUGCUCAAUUAGAUGGCAGCACUUCCCAACCAAAAUCAUUUUGUGUGGCCACACAAAAACCCAAGAAAUCGCGUCAUCGUCGAGUGGGUUCGGGCACUUUUGCCAGUGCCGCACCUAAAUAUAGCCCCUGCCGCGAUCGUCGCUACCAAAGUGAGCCCGAGAAUCGCAAGGGUAAAAUGGUAGACACCGAAACGCAAACGGAUGCCAUGGAUGUCAGCGAGACAGAUUUGAGUCCUAGUGCUUACUUUCCUUCACGAGACAUUGCCACGUUACUUAAUCACUGCCCCCUAUCAUCACAACCCAUAGAUGUACCCAUGGUCUCACACCGAGACUCUAGACAACCAGCCAACCCUCCAACGGUAAUGCCCUCUCAGCAUCAUCCGAAUCAGGCUUUCCAACACUUGGCCGAACAGCGACUACAACAGCAAGGUGUUCUAUAUAAUCAAUCACCCCUAACGAUAACACCUACAAGUCCCAAUGGCAACGGCUCAUUAACCACCAGCGAUGUCACCUUCCAAGACGCUUGCUCUAGUCCCGACCAACUUUUGGACGAUGUCAUGAAUAGCAAUGAGCGCUUAGAUUUGGCCGAUUGUUGUAGUGAUAAUGAAAAUCUUGAGAGGCUGGGCCGCAAAGUUAUUGAACUGAUCAAUGAAAAUCGACUUUCCAUGCAAUCAUCAACGUCCACCACAUCGGCAGUAGGAACUUCAACGGCAGCAAUAACACCACCCAUGACGGCGGCGGCACAGAAUCAAAAUGCCACCGUUACGGCAAUGCCAAUUAUGUCACAACCUUUAACUCCAGAAAAUGGUAACUCGGAACAUUCGAUGGUAAUGCGAGACGCUACCGAUGGUAACGAACCACCCAUAGAAAUUCGAACACCCCGAUUAUUGCGUUGUGCCAGUCUACAUAGAAAUUCUAUGCGCCAGCAGUCCAGUAGUGGCAUUGGAGGAGUUGAUGCCACAAAUGCAAAUGGUGAAUCAAAUGAGGAUUUCUGUAAUGAUAGUUGGUCAGAUGAAGAGGGUGAAGAUACCGAUUACAAUUAUUCGUUGAGGAGAAGAAGUAUUGGUCGCCUUCCCAUAGGUCGCGGUAUGCGGCCACGACGCUGCUAUAAAACUCCCAUGACACCGAAAAUGCCUAUACAGCACAAACGCAAUACCAUCAAUAUUUCGGAUGAGGAAAACACCUCCGAAUACAGUCGUUCGCCAUCAAGUCAACAUUCAACGCUCGAAAGUAAUCCUGAUAUGCCAGAGGCAUUACAACAGAUGGCGGCAGCUGGUGUAAAAGCAACAACAGUAAAUCAAACCAUAAUUAAAACAACGACUUCGUACUCUGAAACGGAAUCCAGUGAUACCGAAUCGGGAGAAGAUGAAGAAGACGAAGAAUCCUAUGACUUGCCAACGGUAGCAUCAUCAUCAUUAGCGGCCAUACAACGACAAGAACACUCGGCAGCCACAAGUGCUAAAAAGAAAUCUUCAGCCAGAACUAAUUCCACAAAUGCUUCCUUCAAUCAUCAUGAUCAUCACGACAAGAGUAGUAGUAUUAAUAGUAGCAGUCGCAGUAGGAAUAGUAAGACGGUAGUCAACAAUACCAGGCAACAACAAAAGCGCAAUGACAAAAACAAUAUUAUCUCAAUACCGACUUAUGAGAAGAAUGGAGCCAUAAAUAUGGUUUGAAAAUAAUUAUCUCAAAAACUUAUAACACAGGUAAAAUAACUAAUGGAAUUUUUCAUAUAAAGAGCUUACCAUAAAAGCAUGGUAUUUUUAUUGUUUUCCAUGGUUUAAGACAUCCCUGGUCAUGGCAAAGAAAUAGCCUCAUUUCCUUACAAUGAAGUAACAUCUUGAAUCGAUUUUUUGGGUAGAGAGACAUGUAAAAUUAACUAAACUAAACAUUUUUCGAAAUACCUACACCUUUAAUAGAGUAACAUAGCAUUUUCUCUCACGCGCUAGCGCGGUGUGUUAGUAAGUUGUGUCACCUGCCACAAACACAAAGUAGAAAGGCUGCCAUGAACAUUUAGAAUGCCAAAAUGUGCUGAUUGAAAAUGUCACCCUAAACAAACAAAGCGUUAUUAAGGUUUUUUCUUGUUUGUGUCAUUUUCAAACCGCCAAUUUUUAUAUACUCAAUGUAAACAAAGAUAAGAACCCUAAUGGCGAGUACUGUCAACAUUUAAUAUCAGCUGAUCGCUUUCCUCUAACUUCUUUAGUGAAUUAUGUUUUGCCUAAUUUUUCAUUCAGUACAAAUUUGGUAAUGCAUAAUAGGGAAUAUAUGCCGAUUAGUGCCCGCUCUAUUCGUAUUCGACGUACAUACGACAAGUCUUAUGAAUACAGAAAGUGACGGCUCAUAUGACAUAUCUUAUCGUCUAAUGACAGCUUUACGAAACUUUCAAUAUAACACCAAGAAGGCAGAGUCAUGCCCCCCACUUCGUUGCAAUUUUUGCACGUUUGUUUUGGUUUUGCAAAGAUUUUAAAUGUAAAAUGCUUGUGGCACGAUGAUUUCUGCUACAACAUCCAAUAGUUUUACCAUGUAUGGUCAGAAUCGAUCCCUUACCUGAUGUAACUACCAUUCAAACCGAUCUCUCGAUAUGACUUCAUGAGCGCCUUCGGGAAGCAAUUCUUAUCUGAAUAUAGAAAAAAAUCUGGUUGUGACCUCCAUUAGCCUUUUUCAGUCUCUUCCUACAAAAAUAAAUCGUGCACGGUACAUACAUGCAUGGUGGAGGGUAUAUAGGUUUCGGCGCAGCACUACCUCAUUAGGUCCUCUAAAAGCUCUAUCACACUACAUGUUCUUGUCUUAUAACAUGUUACUUUUUAUGUAUCAUUCGUAUUUCAUUAUGUGUGUCAAAAUUGCCAAUUUACAUACGAUUCAUCAUUUUUGCUAUCACGCUAUUAUGUUAUUUUUGUAUGACAUAACCUAAAAAUGUGAGCAAAAGCUUAUUUUAUGGCUGCAAAUUGUUAAAGUUGUGAAAACAUUUUAAAUUGAGGUUGCUUUCAUUCAACUUACAACAAAAACAGCAGCUUUCUUUAUGUUUUUGUCAGAAAGAAUAGAGCACCGCUUUAAUCGAAAAAAUAACAGACUAUUUUGAAAAGUGAUUUUUAUGUGUUAGUUUUAUUCGUAUCGCACAAUGUGUGCAACUUAAACAUUAGCAAAAUUUGACAUGUCAUAAGACAAGAACGUGUAUGGUGAUGGCACCUUAAGUAAAGCCCUGUUACCUUCUGUUUAACGUUAAAAGCUGACUAUGCACCUCUAGCGAAAGUUUCAGUUGCAACCAAAACAUUUAUGUCGCCACUGAAAAAUAGCUGUGUAGAAUAACCAGAUGGCGACAAACAUCGAUUUAUAGUUUUGGCCGAAUUUUAAUCAUUUUGGCUAAUAAAGUACAUAUGUGCCGUAAUUUAUCGUUUUUAUUUGCAAAUAACUUUAUUUAAUGUUGCAUGGAGCUAUUAAAACAUAAAUUUUCACUAGAAGUUGCAAGAAAAAUUCACCAAUGGCUAUUAUGUCGCCCUGUUACGCAAAGAAAUUUGAGCUGCGUACCUGCAGGCGAAAUUUUCGGCAACGGUGCU